GCCAGGAUGGAUGAUCAAGCAUGGUAUUUGAGAACCUCAAAGCUGGCUCUGGCCUUGGCAAUUAUCCACUCAAAACCAGCAAACAAAAGCAGCAGAGAAUACACAGAGGACCUUGCAAGGAUGGGGUCUGGAUUAGAAUCGAUGUGGAGAUCAAAAGUUGAAGCCUUGGAAACUGAAGUUCUGCAAUUGCGCCAAAAACUUCUUCUGCGUAGGAUUUAUUCAGAAUCAGUAAAGGGAGGAGACUCAUCUUCCCAGUUACAGACUCAGGAACCUACAAGUUCUGGAAAUACAUCAGCCCUGCUGGAAGAUUCUGGGUGUGAUUUAUCAAACGAGCAGAGACUAGAACCUUUAGAGAUGUCUCAGCAUUCUGAGGAGAACUGCACGCCUUUGGCCUUUUUACCCCUGCCCAUUAGGGAAGGACAUUGCGCUGUCCCAGGAAACCCUCUGCCUUCUCACAUGCAGUUUUUGCAACAUUUAAUUGAGUUGAAGAGCUUGACAGAAUCAGGAGAUCUGAAAGCAGACUUAAGCCACUUGGAAAACAACUCUUCCACGGUGUCAGAUUCUGUUCUUCGGUUAUUAGAUGGCUUGAUCACUUUUUACCAUAAGCCCAAAUUUCCCUUUUCAAGCUUUUGGACAGAAGCAGUUGAUACCAUAGCUAAGCUGAUCAGUGACAGCAACUUAUCCAAACAUAUUCUUAAGACAUGUUACAAGAAGUUGGAAGAAUUUGAGAGAACCUUGCUACGUGUUAUUUUAAACAACAGUCAGAUAAACCGGUUUCAGGCACAGCAUUAUAUCUCUCAAAAUCUAGUAACCCUGGGAAGUUGCAGCUUGUUGAGAAAAUCUACAAUAUCACUACUGCUAUCAGAAAUAAACAGCUUUGCUGAUGACCUGGGUACCAUCAGUCAGGUUCAAAGCAGUUAUGAUGUGACACGCUAUGAAAAUAUUUUCUCCCUACUCUGGGUUCUGGAGCAGCUUCUUCAAAAGGAAGCUAAAGAUGAUAAUACUUCACACAAAAAACAAGAUGACCAGGAAAUCAAGAAAUUUCUUCAGAAGCACGAUGAAACUAUUUCCCAACUCUCUGAUGCAUUUCCUUUAUUUACAUUUUAUUUAUGGAGAUUGGGCAUUCUCCUAAACUCAAAAGAAACAGAAACUUGA